CUCAACUGGCUUGCAUUGUAUCAAUGAAGAGUGCAGUAAACUAGCUAAGCUAAUCAAAUCUGGACAGAUAAACUACACAAGAAGCAAUUAAGUGGACAGUGUCGGUAAAGUUACAUCAUGGCCGGUGCUGAUGUGAGAGACAUCUUGGAGCUGGCAGGUGGAGACGAUGCUGGACCCAUCAGUAAAAAAGACAUCAUCAACUCUGACAAGAAAAAAGUGAAGAAAACGACAGAGACGCUAACAUUCAAACGGCCAGAGGGCAUGCACAGAGAGGUUUAUGCUCUCCUCUAUUCAGACAAAAAUAGAGACGCUCCGCCGCUGCUGCCCAGUGACACUACUCAGGGAUACCGCACUGUGAAAGCCAAGCUGGGCUGCAAGAAGGUACGGCCCUGGAAAUGGAUGCCCUUCGCCAACCCAGCCAGGCGGGACGGAGCCAUAUUCCACCACUGGAGACGAGUGGCGGAAGAGGGCAAGGACUAUCCCUUUGCCCGUUUCAACAAGGCAGUACAGGUGCCUGUGUACUCUGAACAAGAAUAUCAGAUGUAUCUGCAUGACGACGGCUGGACUAAGACAGAGACGGAUCACCUGUUCGACCUGUGUAAACGCUUCGACCUGCGCUUCAUCGUCAUCCAUGACCGCUAUGACCAUCAACAGUACAGGAAACGCUCUGUGGAGGACCUGAAGGAGCGCUACUAUACCAUCUGUGGCAAGCUCACUAAAGUACGCGCUGCUACGGGGACAGAGCCUAAAAUCUAUAUUUUCGAUGCGGGACAUGAGCGGCGAAGGAAAGAGCAGCUGGAGAGACUUUUUAACCGUACCCCAGAGCAGGUGGCAGAAGAAGAGUAUCUUGUCCAGGAGCUGCGGAAGAUUGAGACGAGGAAGAAGGAGCGUGAGAAGAAGGCCCAGGACCUGCAGAAGCUCAUCACAGCGGCUGACACCAACACAGAGAUGCGCCGUGCUGAGCGCAAAGCCACCAAGAAGAAGCUACCGCAGAAACGCGAGACAGAGAAACCGGCUGUUCCUGAAACAGCUGGCAUCAAGUUCCCAGACUUCAAAUCAGCUGGAGUCACGCUUCGCAGCCAGAGGAUGAAGCUCCCUAGCUCUGUUGGCCAGAAGAAGAUCAAAGCCAUUGAGCAGAUUCUCACAGAACAGGGCGUUGAUCUGAACCCAAUGCCCACGGAGGAGAUUGUGCAGAUGUUCAAUGAGCUGCGCAGCGACCUGGUGCUGCUGUACGAGCUCAAGCAGGCGCACAGCAACUGCGAGUAUGAGCAGCAGAUGCUGCGCCACCGCUACGAGGCCCUGCUCAAGGCCGGCGGGGCCGUCCCUCCGCAGGGCGAGGGCCUGGGCAUCGAAAGUCAGAGUUGGCCGUCUGCUGAUGACAUCAAGACGGAGGCCAAGGAGCAGAUCAUCGAUGUGGUGGGGGCCCCACUCACUCCGAACUCGCGGAAACGACGGGAAUCGGCCUCCAGUUCCUCAUCCAUCAAGAAGGUGAAGAAGCCCUGAUGCGGACGAUGUGUUUUAAUCAGAUGGACAUAUUGCACUGAGGGGGGAGCAGAGGGCAUGUUUCCAGGAUUUGCCCGCAGCAGAGGGGGCCAUGUGGAGGGAGGAGGGACCGGCAGGAGGAUAGAGGAGGAGGGGGGUGGAUUAUUUCAUAGGGCUAGUCAUCCAUCAAGCGCCCCAGGAAGAGCCAAAGCGGACGGCGCUCUCGCUAGAC